CGAAGGGAUUGUUCGUAUCAAAACAACCUGCUGACUGUAUCAACAAAUAUUAGUGCAAUUACUUCUUUAAGAUAUUGUUAGCUUAGAUUAUACCUUUCCUUGCUGACUAAUGGAUAAAACAAGUGAUAUACGAAAUCAGGAAUCAUGUGAUACAUUUUCAAAACCAGUUUUAUCGUCUUAGGUUUUAUCACACGCAUGCCAUGAAUGCAUUACUAUUUUUGCGAACUGAUAAGAGCAUCAAUAUAUAUCGAUGAGUAUUCAACCCACUAAUGUGAUGGCUUGUUUCACACGCCUCCCCAAUGAGAUACUUGAGAAUAUAUUCAAAUAUCUUGAUUUGAAAAACCACGUAACUUUAUCACUGGUAUGCAGCAGAUGGAAUAACAUAUUGAUGUCGGAAAGAUAUCUCAAAAAGCAUGUUGUUCUUCACAUAGAGGGUGGCCGAGUUAUGGACGCUAAACUGAUUUUCCGAAGAAAGUAUGAUGCUUUAUCUCUCAAGCUAGACAAUCAAAACGCCAACAAGAUGAUGAAGAAUCUCAAACUAGUUGAUAAUAUGUGCCCGUAUCCAUUGUACCUGCGAAUUGAAAAUUUGAGCACAGAUAAACGUUUCGGAUGGAUGUUCGAGGAAAUCUUCUUCAGUCACGAAAACUUAGAAGAAUUGCACAUUGUGGGAACAUGUAAAACAGAGAAAGGCAAACUUUGUGUUUCUUUCGGCAAUUUGAAGAAACUUAAGAUAGAGGCUUUUUAUGCUGACUGUUUCAGACUUUAUGCACCAAAACUCAAUGAGUUCCAUCUGCUAAUCUGCUCACAAAAUGAUUUGGAUUUAUUAGCUCAGUUCUGCGAACAGCUUCGCAAAUUAACAGCGGUAUUCAGUACUAGAGACUUGUACUAUUUCUACAACAUGGACUUCCCAAAAUUAACAGAGCUCACAAUCGAGAGAGUCCUCAAGGGGAUGACUAGAAGCGAACAAGAUAUUAGCAUUGCUUUCUUCGAGAAACUGAGCCAUUUGACGAAAUUACAUCUAACCGUAAAGUUUAUCGAUAGCUACGUGAUGCAGAUGAUCAGUUGUAGUAUUCCCAAUUUGAAAGAGCUGAAACUGGAAGUCAGCGAGGGCACCAUUGAGCUGUCCAAUAUAAGUAAAUUGAAGAGCCUGGAAAAGUUGAUGGUCGCAGCAGAAAAAAUAAACCUUUUGGAUGCUUAUUUUCCAAAACUAGUGCGUUUAGAGCUUGGCACCGUGAAAUAUGGUUUUGGUACGUAUGUGAACUGGUUUGAACGCCUUAUGCUGCUUGACAACAUGGGUACUCUGGCACUUAACAACGUUAAGUUUUAUCCCGAAGUGCUUCGGCUCACUCCAUCGUACAGUCUCGAGAGGCUGUAUAUUACAAAUUACAAAAGACUAGAAGAGAAUCAUCUCCUGAUACUUAUGAAACGAUUUCCAGCAAUUAGGUGGCUUAAAAUAUCACACUGUGCAGGAUUCACCAAACACGAAGUUGAGAAGCUGAAAUAUCUAAAUCCUCACAUAAGCGUAGCUUUCGAUGAUGUAUCAAUAGGACGACUGUGAUAUCACAAUAAUGAUGUAUUUAUUUAACGUAACGUA